GCUUAGGGUUCGAACGGGAGGUUGAUUCUAGGAACUUGGUUUCUCCCAAGGCAUGGGUUCACCUCAGGCGAAGCGCCAGCGACAGAGCAGCGACGGCGAGAUUGACACGUCACCAUUAGCAUCGAAUCCUGAAAAGUUGUCACCGGUGGUGGUCUUCGCUCAUGGUGCUGGAGCUCCUUCCUCAUCUCCUUGGAUGAUAAGAUGGAAGGAUAUGUUAAGAGAGGCGCUGCAUGCUGCUGAAGUGGUCACCUUUGACUAUCCUUACAUUUCUGGUGGUAAAAAGAGGGCUCCUCCGAAGGCAGAAAAACUGGUUGAAUUUCACUCUGAAAUUGUAAAGAAAACUGCUGCUAAGUUUCCUGGUCAUCCCCUGAUCCUGGCGGGAAAAUCAAUGGGUUCUAGAGUUAGCUGCAUGGUCGCUGGUAUGAAAGAAAUUAAUGUCUCUGCUGUAGUUUGCUUGGGCUACCCAUUAAAGGGCAUCAAUCGAGGGAUCAGAGAUGAAACACUUUUAGAGCUGACGGUUCCUACAAUGUUUGUACAGGGCAGCAAGGACAAUCUCUGUCCACUUGAGAUGUUAGAAGCCACUCGGAAGAAGAUGAAACCCCUCAGCGAGCUGCAUGUCAUUGAUGGUGGUGAUCACUCUUUCAAGGUUGGCAAGAAGCAUCUGCAAUCAAAAGUUUCCACCCAAGACGAAGCUGAAGAUGCUGCUGUUCAGGCCAUUGCAGCCUUCGUCUCCAAGUUACUUGAGGGAUAAUGAAUACCCGACAUUUCUAUUUUUUGUCUUGCCGUGACAAGAGGAUGGCUAUGCACUUUGUUGUUUGUAUGUCGCCCUUGUGCUUUUGUAAUAUAGUCUGUAAUUGUAUUUAGAGUAAAUUAUAGGGAUCUCUUUUGUAACUACAAUCCUUGGCUAGCAGAAUUGAGGACCCCACUUGUUAUGGGCAGUGUUAAGUUAACUUGCUGUAACUUUCCCCUUGACAGUGUUUCAGUUAGUAGUGCUUGGUUUUUUUUUUUUUUU